UUUGACUGCGUCCUGCCAUGGGAAAGCCUAGACCGCAAAAGAAGAAAUCAUCCAAGCCCCGCGAAAAGUCCGUACUCGGCCCUGGUGGCUCGAUCUCGAAAGGCAACAUGGCUCAAGAUCCCUCGACGUUACUCGACCAAGCCACAAUCCUCCUACAAACUGGUCGAGCCGAUGAGGCACUUGUGGUUGCACAGCAGGCUCUGGAUUUGACCGCUGAAAAUACUACUGCACAGCUCCCCGCCAUUAACCUGCUUGGAGAAAUCAAUGUCGAGCUAGGCGACAUCGACACCGCUAGAAACUGCUUCCUUCAGGCUGUUCAACUCGAUCAGAAUGGCUCGAUACCGGAAUCUCAGGGAGGGGGAGCUGAGAAGUUCCUAUGGCUUGCACAAUUGAGUGAGCAAGGUGGAAAGGACAGUGUCCUGUGGUUCGAGAUGGGUGUGGCGUCCCUCAGACAGACUAUUCAGUCUCUUGAGGGGAAAACAUCACCGGAGCAGAUCGCCGACAUCACACAGAAGAAGACCAAGAUGUCUAACGCACUCUGCGCUGUCGCUGAAACCUAUAUGACCGAUCUUUCCUGGGAAGAGGAUGCCGAAGCUCGGUGCGAAGCACUUAUUACGGAAGCCCUCCUUGUCACACCCGAAGAGCCGGAGGUACUACAGACCCUCGCCUCCAUCCGGAUUUCACAACUACGUACCGAAGAUGCGCAAGCCGCGCUCACUCGGAGUAUGAGCUUCUGGAAGGAUUUGGCUCCAGAAGAUCUCAAAAUUCCCGAUUUUGCGGUACGCAUCAGUCUUGCGCGACUCUUGAUGGAAGUGAAUAUGGAGUUCGAGGCUCUGGAAGUCCUCGAGCGCUUGAUUCUAGAGGAUGAUCAAAGUGUAGAGGCCUGGUACCUCGGAGGCUGGUGUCUCUUCUUGCUGGCAGAAAAGCAACAGGCACCUAAGGAUGCGACCGCCGAUGAGCUUGCCGAGUCCCCGCGACAUGCAUCACUAGAUGCUAGUCGUGAAUGGCUCAAGCAAAGCUUGAAGCUCUACGAUGUUCUUCAGUACGAGGAUGACCGGCUCCGCGAUCAUGCCUUGGAGCUUGUACAGGAAAUGAACAAAGAAAUUGGAGAGGACGAUGAGAGUGAAGCUGAAGGAGAGGGAGAAGGCGAGGAUUCGGAUGUGGAGAUCGAAGUCGACUCCGACGACGAGAUGGCGGAUUUAUAGAUACCAAAAGUAACGACCACAUGAGAUGAUGUACAUGUUCAUUGAUUUGUUUGAUUUGAUACCACUAGAAGUAGUUUCUUUCAUUUUUUUU